GACCUCGCCCACCAUGCAGCGGACGUCCUGAGGUUUGGGGCGCAGGCGCUUGGGGCCUCGCUGGUGGCGCGCGCUUCGGCGCCCAGUUGCGGGGACUGCUCCCCGCAUUUGGCGUGCCCUGCGCCGCCGACCCUGGCUUGCCCUUCCUGCGUGUGCGCGGGCGCUGGCGGGCAGGUGGUGGAGCCCUCGUGCGCGGGCCUCGUGGCGGCCUACGCGGUGGCCGCCUGCACGGUCGGGCUCGCCGUCGGCGCUGGGGCAGGUGCGCCUCGCUCGCGCCAGAGCCCCAGCGCUGCAGUGAUGGCGGGGAGCUUCCACGCCAUACGCUACCGCGUCGGCGGUGUGGCCUUGUGGCACGAGCGUCUGGUGCUCGGGGUCACAGCGGGGUUCGCCUACGUCGUCACGCCCGACUUCGACGACUACGACGAGCCGAUCGUGGUUGGGCCCGACGUGCGGGCGGUGCUGCCGUUGGUUGGCCAGGGCGACACGCCUGCCGCGCUGGUCGGCGCCGCCGUGCAUCGCUUUCGGCGCUUGCCGUCCGCCGCGGAGCUGUGGGCCGCCGUGGGAGUCGCGGCGCUCGCCGCUGCGCUAGGACCCGUGCCACCUCGCCCUGCCGCGGCGCCGCCGCUGGCGCACGUGCCUGGAGCUGCUGCUGGCGGUCCUGCCGCGGUCGCUCCGCCCCCCGCGCCCGCUGGCGAUUUCAGGGUGCUGCCGAUGGCGAUCAACCUGCGGGGGGAGCGUGAGCGGAGGUUCGGCGAGACGGUGAACGGCCUCUCCGAGACCGAGGUGCAGGGCUGGCCAGUCCAGGGCCCACGGACGCUUCUCUGGUGCCUGUCCUUCAUGUCCACCAUGGCGGGAACUCCCACCGCGUGGCAUCAGCGCUGGCUCACGUCCAUGGCUUUGGCCGACGACGACGAGCACGCCAAGCUCCACGAGACCUUGUGUCGGGUCCUGGACCUCGCCGUGGUCUACGAUCAGCUGCAGGUGGCAGAGAUGGCGUCGUUCGAGAUCGUCGCACGUCAGCUCCAGCUGCUGGAGGAGCGGGUGUACGAGAGUCGUUCGCUGCCCCAGACGGCCGCCGCUCCCAAGGCCAAGUCUGGAGCUAGGAGUGGUGCGACGGCCGCUGCCUCCAGCAUCCCCGAGACGAGCUACUUCCUCGGCGCGGGCGUCUCCAAGGCGAACCUGUGCAUCUCGCCGAAGCUGCUUGAGUACAUUACAGAUCAGAUGCGGGCGGAGGCCGCCAUCAGCAAAGAACGUCGCAAGGCACGUGAGGAGCGUGCCUUGCGGGCGCCAUGA